UUUCCGCAGGGUGAGAGCCAGUGCUGUCCGGAAGAAAGGAGCAUCUGUAACAGCCGGUUAUCUCGUGAUUGCCUUAGGAGAUUUGCUUCUAAACUCCAAACUGCAGAAGAAAACAGGAUCUAGCGAAAUAUGGCUACGGAGGGCCCUGCCAGGCGUCGAAUCCAGGUGGCAGAACAUCCCAGAUUGCUGAAGCUAAAGGAGAUUUUUAACUCUAAGUUUGGAUCUAUUCCCAAGUUUUAUGUUCGAGCACCAGGACGAGUCAACAUAAUAGGAGAGCACAUAGAUUACUGUGGAUAUUCUGUUCUUCCUAUGGCUGUAGAACAAGAUAUGUUAAUAGCUGUGGAACCUGUGAAAACACACACUCUUCAGCUGGCCAACACAAAUCCCUUGUAUCCGGACUUUAGUACUAGUGCGAAUAACAUUCAGAUUGACCGAACAAAUCCUUUGUGGCACAACUAUUUCCUAUGUGGAUUUAAAGGAAUUCAGGAACACUUUGGUCUUAGUAACCUGACUGGAAUGAACUGCCUGGUAGAUGGAAAUAUCCCACCAAGUUCUGGCCUCUCCAGCUCUAGUGCUUUGGUCUGUUGUGCUGGCUUAGUGACACUUACAGUGCUGGGAAUGAACCUAUCUAAGGUGGAACUUGCAGAAAUCUGUGCCAAGAGUGAGCGUUAUAUUGGCACUGAAGGAGGAGGCAUGGACCAGUCCAUAUCAUUUCUUGCAGAAGAAGGAACUGCCAAGUUGAUAGAAUUUAGUCCUCUGAGGGCAACUGAUGUGAAACUCCCAAGUGGAGCAGUAUUUGUGAUUGCAAAUAGUUGUGUGGAAAUGAAUAAGGCAGCAACUUCUCACUUCAAUGUCAGGGUGAUGGAGUGUCGACUUGCUGCAAAGCUCCUGGCUAAGUACAAAAGCUUGCAAUGGGACAAAGUCCUGCGACUGGAAGAGGUGCAGACAGAACUAGGGAUUAGUUUGGAAGAAAUGCUGCUGGUCACAGAGGAUGCCCUUCAUUCUGAACCCUACAGCCCUGAGGAGAUCUGCAAGUGUCUGGGAAUUAGCCUGGAGGAACUCAGAACACAAAUCCUGAGUCCGAACACUCAAGAUGUGCUCAUCUUCAAACUCUACCAGCGGGCAAAGCACGUGUACAGUGAGGCUGCAAGAGUGCUCCAAUUUAAGAAGAUAUGUGAAGAAGCACCUGACAACAUAGUCCAGCUGCUGGGAGAGUUAAUGAACCAGAGCCACAAGAGCUGCCGGGACAUGUAUGAAUGCAGUUGCCCUGAGCUAGACCAGCUGGUGGACAUCUGUCGGAAGUUCGGCGCUCCUGGGUCACGACUGACUGGAGCAGGAUGGGGUGGCUGCACAGUAUCAAUAGUACCUGCUGACAAGUUGCCCAGCUUCCUAGCAAACGUGCAGGAGGCUUACUACCAGAGGAGCAAUCGCAGCUUAGCGCCGGAGAAGCAGAGUUUGUUUGUUACUAAACCUGGAGGUGGGGCUUUGGUUUUCCUUGAGGCCUAAACAAUGUAAAAUAACUCAGAGAAACUAUUUAGGGCAUUUAGAAACUGGCAGGACUUCCUAUGCCACAGUAAAUUAAUCCUCUUUCUGUUUUAUAUUAUGAUGAAUGCUUGCUAUUAUCAAGAUGUAUUUCCAAGGAAAUGGUUGAAAUCUCUCUAUACUUCACAAUGAUUAUUUUUCCAUUUUAAAACAUGUUUUUUUAAACCAAUAAAAACAAAGAUUGUGCUUGGACAGAUCUUUUUUAAGGAUGAUUUACUAAAAUGUAUUGGUUUGAAGAUUUUAAAGAUGAAUGGUGAAACAAACUGUUAAUACAUGGAUUGGACUUGAAUUAAACACACCACUAUAAUGUAACUAUAAUUAAACUGAUAUAAUUGAAUUGUAUGCAUUACUCUUAAAUAAAGUUCAUUUCUGUUCUUGAUAAA